AUGGGCUCACACGUGGAGAUCGAGGAUACUGAUGCGACUACGGUCGGAUCAGAUGACGAUGAUCUCGACGGGACACGCCCGUUGGUCUUACAGCCUACUUCGCUUUCUGUCGCUGAUAAAGGCAAUGCCCCAAAGUCUGAAGUGACGACUCCACGCCGGCCAACAAAUACUAUCCCAACUACGGUCAAGCAAUCCUCUUCGCCACUCGACAAGAAGAGCCACGCAGUCGUGGAGGUGUUCGACACCGACAGCGGAGAUGACUCCUUCAAUGAGGGCGAGGCCGCUUACAAGGAGUUCAAGAAUCGAAAGGCCAGGAAACGGAAACGGAGCACCGCAAAUCUGAAGAAUAGAGCUGCUAAGGUGACGAGAGUCGCAAGCUCAAAUUCCAUCGUCGGCCGACUCCCAACUUCCGAGGGGAAAGCCCGACCGAGACGGCCAUUACGAGUCUACGGAGAGGAAGUGUCAUCGGAGGAUGAACUGAUGGAAUAUACUUUACCGGAUUAUCUCCAGAAACGACGAUCGCAGUUUGACCGGAGGACAGAGUAUUUGAAGCAAUCCGGACUGAAACUGCCUCCAGGUUACGACGAUGUUGAAUUCUCCGACGAUGAGAGGUUGGAAUCUUUGGCAGAGAAGCCUACUUUUGAGAAUAUGAAGCCAUGCAAUCAGUACAAGGACAUCACUCUUCCUUAUUCGUUGGGACUCAUACCCGCCCCGAUCGCACAGUGGUUGCGCCAGUAUCAGGUCGAUGGAGCUGCUUUCCUCCAUGAGCUAUUCGUUUACCAGAAGGGUGGGAUUCUCGGAGACGACAUGGGUCUGGGAAAGACGGUGCAGGUUAUUGCUUUCCUCACAGCGGCGUAUGGGAAGACAGGCGAUGAGAGAGACGCCAAGCGAAUGAGAAAGAUGCGGAGAAGCGGCCAUGAUCAGUGGUAUCCCCGAACGCUGAUUGUCUGCCCUGGGACACUUCUCAAGAACUGGAUGGCCGAAUUUUCGCGUUGGGGCUGGUGGCAUUUCGACACCUACCAUGGAGAGAAUAAGGAGCUUGCGCUCCAAGCUGCGCGGUCCGGAAGACUGGAAAUCUUGAUCACCACCUAUAGUACCUAUCUCCACAACAAGGAUGCUAUCAACAUGGUCGACUGGGAUUGUGUGAUAGCGGAUGAAUGUCAUGUUAUCAAGGAGCGCAAGUCGGAAACGACUAAAGCCAUGAACAUGAUCAACGCUCUUUGCCGCAUCGGCUUGACCGGAACUGCCAUCCAGAACAAAUACGAGGAGCUUUGGACCCUUUUGAAUUGGACUAAUCCAGGGAUGCUCGGCCCGGUAACGGUCUGGAAGAAGACCAUUUCUGAGCCCUUGAAGAUUGGUCAGUCACACGACGCUACCGUCCAUCAGCUGCGUAGAGCGCGAAAGACGGCGAAGAAAUUGGUGGAGAACCUCCUGCCGCAGUUCUUCCUCCGCCGGAUGAAGACACUGAUUGCAGACCAGCUCCCCAAGAAGGUUGACCGGGUCGUCUUCUGUCCGCUCACUGAUACUCAGGCUGACGCUUACGUGAACAUUCUGGGAAGCGACAUGGUCAGCUAUAUUAAACACUCCAGCGACCCUUGUGACUGUGGUUCCCGGCAGAAAGCCGGCUGGUGCUGUCGUCAGUUUCUACCAUCCGGGCUCACCUGGCGAAGCUAUGUCUUUCCCGCGAUAGCAGUGCUGCAGAAACUCAGCAACCACCUAGCAAUCCUCAUCCCGCAGGGAGUCGACUCUAACGAGAAACAAGAAAAGGACAAAGAGAUGCUGGAACUGGCUGUGCCCGAGCAAUGGGAAAAGCUUUACCGUUCCCGGGACUCAAUUGUCAACUACGCAAACCCUGAGUUUUGCGGUAAAUGGAAGGUCCUUCGCCGACUGCUGAAGUGGUGGCACGCCAAUGGCGACAAAGUGCUUGUCUUCAGCCACAGUGUGCGCCUCCUCAAGAUGCUCCAGAUGCUCUUUCACUACACCAGCUACAACGUCAGCUACCUCGAUGGAUCUAUGAGCUAUGAAGAGCGCACUAAAGUUGUUGACGACUUCAACUCCAACCCACGCCAAUUCGUCUUUCUCAUCUCCACUCGCUCUGGCGGUGUCGGACUCAACAUAACUUCAGCCAACAAAGUCGUUAUCGUCGAUCCUAACUGGAAUCCCUCGCAUGACCUUCAAGCGCAAGAUCGCGCUUACCGUAUCGGCCAAUCUCGCGAUGUCGAAGUCUUCCGGCUCAUCAGCGCCGGAACCAUCGAAGAGAUCGUCUAUGCCCGGCAGAUCUACAAACAACAGCAAGCCAACAUCGGCUACAACGCGAGCUCGGAACGACGCUACUUCAAGGGUGUUCAGGAGAAGAAAGAUCAAAAGGGCGAGCUUUUCGGUCUCGACAAUCUAUUCGAAUACAAGAACCAGAACAUCCUUCUCCGCGACAUUGUCAACAAAACAAACGUCGCUGAAAGCAAAGCCGGCGUCCAGGUUAUGGACAUCGACGUAGACUUUGACCCCAACGUCUCCGACACAACCUUCACCGGCAAGUCUGACGACACCAACGAAGUCAUGAGCCAGCUAGCAGCCAUGAUUCGUGGCGAGGACGACGAAGAAUCCACCGACCCCAAAACCCCCAUUAACACCAAACAUGACCCCAUCCAAGCCAUCCUCGCCGGCGCAGGGGUCGAAUACACCCACCUCAACAACGAAGUCAUCGGGUCAUCCAAAGUCGAGGAACGACUCAGCCGUCGCGCCGAACUAGCCGACGAGAAUACCAAGAACCUAGACAUGCAAGUAUUUGCAGGAUCGCAGUCGCAAUCGCAGUCUCAUAAAAAGACAUCAUCAUCUACAACCAACCAACCAAUCAAAUACAAAUUCCAUCCGCCAAAGCGUGUCAUGAAACGCCAAUUCUGCAGCAUGGCGAGACGAUACGGCUUCCCAAACGCAACCGAGUUCGCCCUUGUCGUCGAGGGCAUGACACAGGCGCAGAGACGCGCAUGCUUGGAGCGUUGGUAUACCGAGCGACGGGAGAAACUGACUCAAUCAUCUUAA